UUUGUUCCUUUCUCUCUCUAACUUUUUCCCUCUCUACAAUUCAUGCUUUGUUUCGCUGUCUAAAGCUUCCAUUCCAAUUCUAUUUUUUUCCUUUCAAUCUACUUUUUUUGAGGGUUCUUCUUAGCCUUUAUUUUUUAACUCUCAAAACACUCUCAUAUAUAUUUUUUUCUUUAUUUUUUUUUUGGAUCUGGGUUCUGCUUGCUUUCUGAUAAUCAUCUUCAACAACCAGGUUAACUCUAUUACUUGCUUCAAGCUUGGGACCUAGAAGAUCAAAACAUUAAAUUUAAAGCUGUGUAAGAAGUAUGGCGGUUUCCAUGAGAGAUUUAGAUCCAGCUUUUCAGGGAGCUGGGCAAAAAGCUGGAAUUGAAAUCUGGCGCAUUGAAAACUUCCGCCCUGUUCCAGUUCCAAAGUCAUCUUAUGGCAAAUUUUUCACAGGGGAUUCCUAUGUUAUUUUGAAGACAACUGCCUUAAAAAGUGGUGCCUUGCGUCAUGAUAUACACUAUUGGCUUGGUAAAGACACAUCCCAGGAUGAAGCAGGUGCUGCUGCAGUCAAGACUGUUGAACUUGAUGCUGCCCUUGGAGGGCGUGCUGUUCAAUAUCGUGAAGUGCAGGGCCAUGAAACUGAGAAGUUCCUUUCCUAUUUUAAGCCAUGUAUCAUACCCCAGGAAGGUGGAGUAGCAUCUGGAUUCAAACAUGUUCAGGAAGAGGAACAUAAGAUACGUAUGUUUGUCUGUAGAGGCAAACAUGUUGUCCAUGUAAAAGAGGUUCCUUUUGCUCGAUCCUCACUUAACCAUGAUGAUAUCUUUAUACUGGAUACAAAGUCUAAAAUCUUUCAAUUUAAUGGGUCCAAUUCAUCCAUUCAAGAGAGGGCAAAAGCCCUAGAAGUUGUUCAAUACAUUAAAGAUACUUAUCAUGAUGGGAAAUGUGAGGUAGCUGCAAUUGAGGAUGGAAAGUUGAUGGCCGAUGCUGAAACUGGAGAGUUUUGGGGAUUCUUUGGUGGCUUUGCUCCACUUCCUAGGAAGACUGCCAGUGAUGAGGAUAGGACUGUUCAGUCUCAUACAGCCAAGCUACUAAGUGUUGAGAAGGGGCAGGCAAAGCCUGUUGAUGCUGAUUCCUUGACAAGGGAGUUGUUGGACACAAAUAAAUGCUAUAUAUUGGAUUGUGGGUUAGAAGUCUUUGUUUGGAUGGGAAGAAAUACUUCUCUUGAUGAAAGAAAGACUGCAAGCGGAGCGGCUGAGGAGUUAAUCCGUGGUUCUGAUCGACCAAAAUCUCAAAUAAUUCGUGUAAUUGAGGGGUUUGAGACUGUUGUAUUUAAGUCGAAGUUUGAGUCAUGGCCCCAGACCACUAAUGUUGCUGUUACCGAGGAUGGUAGAAGCAAAGUUGCUGCACUUUUACGACGUCAAGGGCUGAAUGUCAAGGGCCUUGCAAAAGCUGCUCCUGCAAAGGAAGAACCCCAACCUUAUAUUGAUUGCACCGGAAAUUUGCAGGUUUGGCGUGUGAAUGGCCAGGAAAAAGUUCUCCUUCCAGCUUCUGAUCAGUCAAAAUUUUACAGUGGGGAUUGCUACAUUUUUCAAUAUUCUUACCCUGGAGAAGACAAAGAAGAGUAUCUUAUAGGAACAUGGAUUGGAAAGCAGAGUGUUGAGGAUGAAAGAGUUUCCGCAGUCUCUUCGGCAACCAAAAUGGUUGAAUCUAUGAAGUUCCAGGCUACCCAGGCUUGCAUCCACGAAGGAAAUGAACCCAUUCAAUUCUUUUCGAUCUUCCAGAGCUUUAUUGUGUUUAAGGGUGGUCUUAGUGAUGGAUACAAGAACUACAUUGCUGAGAAGGAGAUCCCAGAAGGGACAUACACAGAAGAUGGUCUUGCACUGUUCCGAGUACAAGGUUCUGGGCCUGAUAAUAUGCAAGCGAUACAAGUUGAAGCAGUCGCAUCAUCUUUGAACUCCUCUUACUGCUACAUAUUACAUAGCGGUUCCACUGUCUUUACAUGGGCUGGAAACCUAACUUCCCCUGAUGACCAUGAGCUUGUUGAGAGACAACUAGAUAUCAUAAAGCCUAAUUUACAAUCCAAGCCGCAAAAAGAAGGAUCGGAAUCUGAACAGUUUUGGGAGUUGCUUGGAGGAAAAUCCGAAUACCCAAGCCAAAAGACAGCAAGGGAACCUGAAGGUGAUCCUCACCUAUUCUCCUGCAUGUUCUCGAAAGGGAAUCUUAAGGUUACGGAGAUCUAUAACUUCACUCAGGAUGAUUUGAUGACUGAAGAUAUAUUUAUCCUAGAUUGUCACUCAGAUAUCUUUGUCUGGGUUGGACAACAAGUCGAUACCAAGAAUAAAUUGCAGGCUUUGACUAUUGGUCGGAAAUUUCUUGAGCAUGAUUUUCUCUUAGAAAAAUUAUCUCGUGAAGCUCCGAUAUACAUAGUCAUGGAAGGGAGUGAGCCACCCUUUUUCACGCGCUUUUUCUCAUGGGACUCCGCAAAGUCUUCUAUGCACGGAAAUUCGUUUCAAAGGAAACUUACCAUAGUGAAAACUGGGGGCACACCAACAGUCGAUAAACCCAAGCGGAGAACGCCAGUAUCAUAUGGUGGAAGGUCUAGUAGUGUGCCGGACAGAUCACAACGUUCUAGAAGUAUGUCCUUCAGCCCUGAGCGAGUUCGUGUGAGGGGAAGGUCUCCCGCUUUCAAUGCACUAGCAGCUGCAUUUGAGAACCCUAAUGCUAGAAACCUUUCUACUCCGCCACCUGUGGUUAAAAAACUGUACCCAAAAUCUGUGACUCCAGAUUCUGCAAAAAAGUCUGCAGCUAUAGCAGCUCUUACUGCAUCGUUCGAAAAACAACCACCACCAGCUCGAGAGACCAUCAUACCUAGAUCUGUGAAAGUGAGCCCACCGACACCCAAAACAACACCGACACCAGAUCCUAACUCUAAGGAGAAUUCCAUGAGUAGCAAACUAGAAUCCCUCACUAUACAAGAAGAUGCUAAAGAGGGUGAAGCUGAAGACGAGGAAGGCCUUCCAAUAUACCCUUACGAACGUCUCAAAAUAACAUCAACCGAUCCGGUUUCUGAGAUAGAUGUGACCAAACGAGAGACAUACCUGUCAUCCGAGGAGUUCAAGGAGAAAUUCGGGAUGAAAAAAGACUCAUUCUAUAAAUUGCCGAAGUGGAAACAAAACAAGCUAAAAAUGGCUCUUCAACUGUUCUAAGUCCCCCCUUUGAUUCAUCUGUGCUAUUUAUUCAAAACCCCCUUUCAAAUGAGAGUGCAGUGGGAAGAACCCGAACCCAUUUUCUCAGGAUCGAAAAAAAGGGACAGCAUCAGUGCAUAUUUAGCUGCUUCUGCUCCCCUAAGAAGCUUUUGGUUUUUCUCUUUUUGGGGUCAUUAAUAGACAAAUAUCUGGAUUUCAACCCCCUCCCCCUUUUUUUCUCAUCUGGUUGUUUGGAUGUCUAGAAAAUUUGUUCCUUUUUCUUCUUGGCUUUUCUUUGUUGUUUCUGGUUGAGUUUUAGCUUUUUCUUUUUAUUGGUAUUCGUUAUGGUCACAGUGCUUUGUUGUGAGGUUUGCAUUUUUGCAUUUUUUUAAUUUAUUUUUUAUUUAUUUUUAUUUUGGUUUUCCAAAAUGAUUAAAAAAUUAGAACAAAUAUUGGGAGCUUGAAAAUGCCAGACAAUUUUAGGUGUAUUUUGUAUUUAACUUUUGAGGAUGAAAAGUUUGUACAGCUGAGUGUAAGAACUAAGAACUAGUUCAUUUUGCCUUUUGUUUUGGAUAAUAAAAGUGUGAUCUUCUGUUUU